AUGGAUGUCAUGAGUAUGGUGGCCACACAAUUGGAUUCCAAAGACACUGUACCUUAUAGUGUGAAUUCACCACUCUCUCUACCACCCUAUGAAUCACUUGCACCAAUUCCCUUGCCCGAAAAUACCCCUCCAUUUUGUUUAUAUCCACCAUCUACCCCACAACCUCCUCCUACAACCAUUCCAACCCCAGGUGGUGGAUACAACCCAUCACCAACAAUUCCUAUUCUAAGCCCACCUCCAAGCCCAAUCGUCACAGUCCCUAGCCCAACAGAAUAUGUUCCAUCCCCGAAUCCACCGGAAAGUGUUCCCGGCCCACCUAGUUUGGUCCCAAGUCCACCAGAAAAUGUACCUAGUCCUCUUAUCUAUGUUCCAAGUCCAACUGAACCUGUACUGAGCCCACCUUCUUAUGAGCCGAGCCCUGUUCUGAGCCCACCUUCUUAUGAGCCUAGCCCUCCAAGUUCUGUUCCAAGCCCAUCCUCCAGCGUUCCAUCCCCGGCAGGGUUUGGUCCAAGCCCACCCUCUACGGUACCAUCCCCUUUUGGGUUUGCUCCUAGCCCACCGGUUUUCCAGCCUCCUGUGGUGUACCCACCACCCAGGGGGCCACCACCUCCCCACACUGGCCCAAAAAUUACUCUCUGGUGCGUCGCUAAGCCCGCAGUGCCUGACCCGAUUAUUCAAGAAGCCAUGAACUACGCUUGUGGGUCUGGUGCAGAUUGUGAUUCAAUACAGCCCAGUGGAUCAUGCUUUGAGCCCAACACAGUGCUUGCACAUGCUUCAUAUGCUUUCAACAGUUACUGGCAGAGAACCAAGGUGGCUGGAGGCACGUGUGACUUUGGAGGUGCAGCAAUACUAGUCUCUGUGGACCCCAGUGAGUUCCUCACAACUGAAUUAUGA